AUGAAUUUACUGCCUAAGAGCCACAAAGAGUUCAGCGAAAAGGAUUAUUGGAAUAAAUUCUUUAAAAAACGAGGAAAUAAAGCAUUCGAAUGGUAUGGUGAAUACUUGGAACUAUGUGGUCAGCUGCAUAAGUAUAUAAAACAGAAGGACAAUAUUUUGAUACCAGGAUGCGGUAACUCCGGUUUAAGUGCUGACUUAUAUGAUGUAGGCUAUGUAAAUAUUACAAAUAUUGAUGUAUCAGAGAUCGUUAUCAAGCAAAUGAAGUCAAUAAAUGCACACAGAAUGAGUAUGAAAUUCCUCUGCAUGGAUGCAAUGAACACAACCUUCAAUAAUGAAGAAUUUAGUGUAGUUUUAGACAAAGGGACUCUUGAUGCUCUAAUGCCAGAUGAUUCUAAAGAAACAAAACAGAGCAUAGACAAAUAUUUUUCUGAAAUUAAAAGAGUUUUAAAGCUUGGAGGCCGUUUUGUUUGUAUCUCGUUAUUGCAAAGUCACAUUCUUAGUAAGCUAUUGGAAACUUUUUGUGACAAAUCUUGGAUGUUCAGAGUGGUAAGAUGCCAUGAAGCUGAAGAAAAAAAUGCAGAGAACACUGAUGGUCCAACUUUACCUGUUUUUAUUGUCAUUGCUACAAAGUUUAAAGAAAUGUCUCAGCAGAUAUUAGAAGUUUGUAUGGCUGGAGACAAGAUGCAGAGACUUCAAACACCUGAAGAGUUGAAGACCUAUAUUAAGUCGGCACAGGACACAGCUUUUGUCACCAAUGGAUUGGCAAAGACAACCUUAGAUGAUGAUGAGGUAUCAUUAGACUUGAUGCAGCCAGGCACAGAGACACCACGUUAUACAAUUUACGUUGUUGAUCAGAAACGUUCACAAGUGAUUAACAAAUAUGCUGUCUUCAUAGUUCCUCAAGGACGGGAAUCCGAGUGGCUUUUUGGUACACCAGCAGGCAGGAGACAGCUGCAAGACUCGGCUAGGUUUGGCCGCCUCGUCGUCGCAGUAUUGAGACGGGGUCACAAAUUCGAAAGCCUCGACGCUGUUAAGGAAGAGUUAGCCCACGCAGCCAAGAUGCUCAUCCCUUACGGUUUUACUGGACAAAUACCAUUCCUGUCUCUGGGCAGCGACGUGGGUCGUAGAGUUAAGGUGUACGAAGGCUCCUCAGAAAUCUCCGGCGAGUUCGUAGUGGAGGACGUGGAUGUAGAGGGUGCCACACAUCGGAGACUCGUGUUCUUGGACAACCAGUUCCUAGUUCAGUCUGAAGCCAAGUUCAAGACAGUGAAAAGAAAAAGCAAAUCUAAAUUAGUACUAGAUUUCGGUCACAUAUCUCUGUAUCAUUCCUUCAUGUGCGUCGGAGUCGAGCUCUCCAGAACGUCAUCCCCCAAAGUGGCUGUCCUAGGUCUCGGUGGAGGCAGUCUGUGUAUGUUCCUCAGGAAGUGCUACGACAGUCUCAGAGUCACGGCAGUGGACCUAGACCCCGUGAUGUUAAACAUCGCUAAAGAUUAUUUUGAACUUCAAAUAGACGAGAAUUUGGAAGUUCAAAUCAAAGAUGGAUUGGACUUCUUGAAGGAUGAAGUAAAAAAUGGUAACAAAUACGGAGCAGUCAUGUUCGACAUGGACAGUAAGGAUCGCUCAGUGGGACUCUCUUGUCCCCCCCAACAGUUCUUGGAGAACCACGUGUUGGGAGAUAUCAACAAAAUACUUACUGAAGACGGCCACUUCAUCCUAAACCUGGUGUGCAGAGACACACAACUCCACGAAUCCAUCCUGAACGCCAUCAAACGCCACUUCAAGCACAUCACCACCGUCAAACUAUACGAAGAGGUGAAUGAAAUAGUGUUCGCUACAAACAGUAGCAAGUCAUACAAUAAUGAGGAUUUUGACAAGGCUGUGAAGGAACUGAACGCUGCUGCUAGACAGAAGAAACUUGUUGACAUUCGGUGUGUGGACUUGAAGGACUUUAUGCAGUCUGUUAUAAUCGUUUCUUAG